AUGGUAGAUGUUGAUCCAAAGGAAUCUAAAGAAAAUGAUAACGUCAAAUCUGAUUACGAAUCGGAUAAAAAUAAGCUAGGUUCUAGUGAAGGGCCGAACUUGUCAUUUUACGAGUGUCCAACUGCAGCAGCAUCUAUUCAAGGUUUCGGAGAAGGAAGUGGAUAUAACAGCAAUAGUUUAGAUUCUGACCAAGAGUAUAAUUGUUACGAAACAGUAGGAAAGUCAGAUUUAUUACAGCUUUCUACUGAAGGAGGGUCAGUGUCAUUAUCUCAAUACACAAAGGCAACUGGUGGCUAUUUUGCAGGCUACCGGGCGGUUUUAUAUCAGGACGAAAACUCAUUUAAUUACAAUCAAAGUGAUUCAUUCAGUGUUAACUAUACUCAAGUGAAUACCGAGAACUUGCCUAUGGUGGAACAAACAAACCAUUUUGCAAAUCCGGGGUUUGUUUCAAGCAAUUUUAUUGUUGAAAACAGUUCACCUGCACCUCAGCCCACCGUUACAAGUGUUCGUUCUGAGAACUUUGUCGAAAGAAACGAAUUUCCACAAGGAUCAAACUCUUUGAGUCCUUUGGCCAAUACAGUUGUCCAAAACUCUAUGUUGCCAGCUGUAAUGGAAUCUUCUGGUACAAGUGCAAACUAUUCAUUGGCUGUUGGAGGAGCUUCUUCAGGAGUAUCUUAUGUACCUGAGGGAUUUGAUACUAUUACCGUCCCCAGGUACAGACCUGUUGAGGUCGUUGACAGGACCGUGGAGGUUCCUGUUAUUCACCACAUAGACACAUUUGUGCCCAAAAAGGAAAUUCAGGAAGUGGAGAGCUACGUCAAGAAGCCCUACACGAAGUAUCUUGACAAGGUUGUUGAGGUUCCUCAGGUCCACUAUUCUGAUAAAAUAGUUGAGGUUCCCGAAUACCACGAAAUAACUAAAACUGUUCCUAAGUUAGAAGUGAAGGAAAAGACUAACUAUGUUCCCAAAGUUGAGGUAAAGGUGGUUCCCAAAUACGUGGAAGUUCCUGUAGUGAAAAUAGUGGACAAAUAUGAAGAAUAUGAAGAGGUGGAGGAAGUUGUUAAGCAUGUUGAAAAGGUCGAGGUCGUUGAAGUUCCUAGGGAAGUUGUAAAGCAUGUUGUUAAACCAGUUCGGAAAAUUGUUGAAAAGGAGAAGAUUGUUCCAGUUUAUGAGCAUCGCGAUGUUCCUGUCGAAAAGAUAAAAUACGUUCCAAAAGUUGAAACCAUUGAACAUAUCAGGGAGGUUCCUAGGGUGGUUGACGUGCCUGUUCCUUACAAUGUCCCGAAGCAUCAAUAUGUUGAUCAACCUUAUUUGGUUCCAAAGUACAGGGAUGUUCCAGUUGCAGUGCCAGUAUGCAAAACUGUGAAACCUGUUUACGAAUAUAAGGGUCCGACAAACUACGUUGAUGUUCCGGUUCACAAACCUUAUUUCGUAAUCCAUGACCAUCUCAAUUUCAAACCUGUGGGUGCUUUUAAUGGAAAGAAUGAAGGAUCGUUUACCGUAGGUAACAACGGUUCUUUCGUUACUGGUACUAAUACUAAUAAUGGAUUUAAUUCUGAAAAUACAUUUACUCCCAAUUCUAACCCUGGCCACUUUCCUAAUGGGAGUUUCAACGUUACAGACAAUUUGAACGAAAACUUUGGAAAUUCUGGUCUAUUGGGUGAGUCCGUCAGCUACAAGGUAGUUGGCAUGAGUAAGGUAGAUUUGGACAAGAUGAAUUCAGAGGAGAAGAAGAUGGCUCAGGUGAAGCUUGACGAAGCUCUUAACAAUCCCAACUUCCAAGUUUACAAGAAUUCUCUAAAAACUUCUAAUCCAUUCGACACCACCAAUAAUAACUUUAAUGCUCCCAACUUCACCUUUAAUCCCCCUCCCAACUUUAAAUUUACUCCUAAUACUCCCAAUGGUGCUUUUAAUAACUCUUGGCAGCAGCAACCCAACACAGCUGGUCCAACUUUCAGUAACACUUGGAACCAAGUACCCAACACCAACCCGGGGAUGGCCAACAAUGGUACCACCCAAAAUAAUAACCCUACUACCUUCGAAGUUCCCAAGAAUAACAAUUUUGAUGAUUCUAAGAAUCCCAAUCUUGGGCCAAAUUGGAAUAAAUUUGGCUCAUUCGGAAACCGGAACGAUUCAACUAACUGGUCAAAGUGGAGUCCAGAAUUUGGUUCUAGAUACCCAUCAAGCAGCUGGAAUAAGUGGAAUAACAGUAAUUUAAGCGGUAACUUUUUCGAAAAUAAUUUAAAUAACAAGUAUAAGUUUGAUGGUAAUUAUUCCAGUAGCAAUUUAUUCAACUGGACUGACAAGUUAUUUCAGUUUUUCAAGGGUUCAAAAUCGCCUGAGAACUCCUUUAAUUCCAACGGCAACCUUCAGAAUGCAAACGACUUGAAGUUGUCUAACAACUCUCCUACUUCUACUAGGGAUAAGCCUGUUAAUGGAGCUCAUGUUUUCCCUGGCACUGGGUCCACACGCAAUGUUUGGAACAGGGCAAACUACAACUUAGUUCAGGAAUCGUUUAGGAAUUGGAAGGUUCCUAACAUGCAUUUGGAUCUUGAGAGGAACACUCCUACCAACAGACUGCUUUUCAAAGACUCCAAGGAUAAUUACCACAUGAGUAGUGGGAGUGGGAGCGUGGGACACAGGGCUCUAAAAGGCUCUAACCCAUAUCCAGCAUCAGAAUCUAACACUCCCAAGGUUCAUUGA